CGCUGCAGCUCCUCUACAGUCUUCAAUCUGAAGUCACUCCUUCCAGAGCGCGUUCCCUCAGGCGCAAGUGCGCACAGUAGCCCGCUGCACUCACACUCAGAUGUUUAUCAUAGCGGGACGCAGCAGUGGAUCCACCAAGGACACCACCUUUCCGCCUAUUUUAAAGUAGCUUUGGAACAUUUUUGAACGUUUAUUUUUUCUCCCCCACUACAUGGAUAAGACCUGAUCAAAAAAAAGUUGGCACUUGGAGGAGACACCUUUGCGUAAAGCUCCGACACUGACCGGAUCAUGUAUUGCGCAGAAUCUCUGCUCACUUACGAUUAAUUUACAGGAGAGAGGCGCGUCUCCAUCUCGCGGGAUGCGAGUGGCGCGCUGAAUGCGUGGUUUUGGACAGGGGGGGUACCAAAACUUGCGCAAAGACUCUGAUUCUGCACGCCUUCUGUCACAAGUGAGUGACUGAUACAAUGUCAGCCAUACGGAGGAAAUUUGGCGAGGACUACCAGGUGGUGAACACCAACCGGAGCAUGACUUUCUCCGCACCGGUAAAAAGAAAAAGGCAGCGGUUCGUGGAGAAGAACGGCCGCUGCAACGUCCAGCACGGUAACCUUGGCGGGGAGACCAGCAGGUACAUCUCCGACCUCUUCACCACGCUGGUGGACCUCAAGUGGAGGUGGAACCUGCUCAUCUUCAUCCUAACUUACACAGUCGCGUGGCUGGUCAUGGCUUCAAUGUGGUGGGUGAUCGCGUACAUCCGCGGCGACCUGAGCCACGGCGGCCACGACGCGUCCUACACCCCGUGCGUCGCCAACGUGUACAACUUUCCCUCCGCGUUCCUGUUUUUCAUCGAGACGGAGGCGACCAUCGGCUACGGCUACCGCUACAUCACGGAGAAGUGUCCGGAGGGCAUCAUCCUCUUCCUCUUCCAGUCGCUGCUGGGCUCCAUCGUGGACGCCUUCCUCAUCGGCUGCAUGUUCAUCAAGAUGUCGCAGCCGAAGAAGCGCGCGGAGACGCUGAUGUUCAGCCAGGACGCGGUCAUUUCGCAGCGGGACGGGAAGCUGUGCCUCAUGUUCCGAGUGGGGAACCUGCGCAACAGCCACAUGGUGUCCGCGCAGAUCAGGUGCAAACUCAUCAAGUCUCGUCAGACUCCAGAGGGAGAGUUCCUGCCCCUGGACCAGUGUGAGCUGGACGUAGGUUUUGGGACGGGGGCGGACCAGCUUUUCCUGGUGUCGCCUCUCACCAUCUGCCACGAGAUCAACUCCAAGAGCCCGUUCUUCGAUCUGUCGCAGCGCUCGCUCAUGAACGAGCAGUUUGAGAUUGUCGUUAUCCUGGAGGGCAUCGUGGAGACCACUGGUAUGACUUGCCAGGCAAGGACGUCCUACACCGAGGAUGAAGUCUUGUGGGGCCAUCGUUUCCUCCCUGUCAUGUCACUAGAAGAGGGCUUCUUCAGAGUCGAUUACUCCCAGUUUCACAACACAUUCGAGGUUCCUACGCCUCCCUACAGCGUCAAAGAGCAGGAGGAGAAAUCUUCCCUGACUUCGCCUAACCCUCUACCUGUUGCACCCACUCCCUCCUCCCCUCUGCUGGGCAACGGUGGCCGCGGGGGCCGCAGGGAACGGCUGCUUUCAGCGGACUAUGCAGACCACGUAGAGGAUCAUGCUUCCAGGCUUCCCAGGAAGCUCCAGCGCAUGAGCUCCACCAAGGAGGAGUACCUACUGAGGGGGCUGAAGACAGGGCCAGCCUUGCCCGGAGGUAAGGCCUCCAGCACGGGAGACCUACCGCUCAGCAUUCAGAGGCUAAGAUCCAGCUCCAUCCCGGUUGUGAGGCACGUGCAGCCAGAGGAGCAGGUCCAGCUGUUGUCCUUGGAUGGAGAUGCAGAGGAGGGUGAGCUGGAGAAACAUAGACUGCCAGGAGCCAUUAGCGCCAUCGCUGCUCCGACCCCAGCACCGGUCCAGAUCCCUCUGGUAGGAAGUCGGCCGGAAGACAAUCUUCCCCCAAAACUGCGCCGAAUGAACGCUGACCGCUGACUCCUGCAGACUAUCUUCAGAACUAAAAACUCUUACAAAAAAACUGAAUCAGGCUUGAUGGGCAUUGCAUAUAUAUAUAUAUAUAUAUAUACACAAGGACUACUGUGAUAUGACUUUUCUGACCAGUAUUUUACAUUGACUUAGGGGCUCUCUGCUAAGUUGUCCAUUGCCACAAAUAGACGGACAACACCAAUAAGCCAUCCAUCCGCUUAUACUGUGAGUCAGUUUUGAUAGAUCACCAUCUGUGCCCCCUCCUCCCAUGACUUUUGACACUUCUGUCCCAGUACUUGUUUCUUUCAUUUCUGUUCAGAGUUGCAUCAGAGCCCCCCUCAUUGUCUCAAACUAUUGAAUAUUUGUUUUUUUAAAGACACCAAAGUGGUAAUUAUAAAAAAAAAAUACUAUCCUGCAUUGACCAUUUGCUAAACCACCGCCCCAACAUAACUGUAAAGUCACUGCUUCACAAAGAUAACAAGGGAUGGUCCUACAUGCUGCAGUGUUAUAAUGGGUUCUGCAGGGUGGUAUAAGAGAACAGUUGCUAUCUGGUCCUGCUAACCUGCUAACUACCUAACACUACUUAGGCCAAGGCCAUGAAGAACAAACCAACGCUUCCUACAGAUGGUGUACCAAUAGACUGUAGAAAGAGUGGACCUCAUGACAGCUCCUCAAAAGUCAAACCAAAGCAUGUGGAGCUCCGCCUGGUGCCUGGCUGCAGCAUAGGUAAUAUACACCCCGCCCCCUCCAUGUUGUUAGUGGAUGGUUCAUUUUAGGUAGUUUAUAUAAAGCAGAUUUAUGUUCAUGUUAGAAGUUAUUUGACACGUUAAGAAAAAGGGUGUGACAUUGUGAUGAUUGACCACUGACAACCAAUCCGUGAAGCCGUCCCGUUGGAAGGUGAGAGUAGGAAAAAGGUCAAAAGUGCAGUAUUAAUUAAAUGCCAGUGAGUCUGUUCACUCUCAGACAAUACUGAUCAGACUUCGGCUCAAAAGUCAAAAGAUGUCGCCACCUGUAUCCUCGGAAAAUAGCGUCAGUUUGGCCAAUUAGAGGAAGUGAAGAUGUGUCGUCAAUAGUUUUUUCCCACAGUCUGAAUUUAUUGUGUUCAUGAGUAAACUUGUAUAUGAAGGACCCUUUCUUGUGGUACUCACGACCUUGUAAACUGUAAAUGUUCUGUGAAUUCACAAGUUGUGAUGCCUUUGCAUUACCUACGCUAAGUUACCCCGUUUUUAACUCGGUAACUGUUGGCCUUAAGUUUAAUGCCAAACAUUUUGCAUACACAUCCCAUAUGAAUUAUGGAGGAAGCAAUAAUUAACUACCUACGGUAAAUAUAAAGCUGCGUUCUAGUGCAUCCACUGUGUAAUCUUUCUGCGCCGUAUGGAGGCCGUUCCUGGAAGCUACCACAGUUUGCGCUAGCAGCUACGUCCUGCCUGAAAGAAUAUUAAUUUGGGUCAAAAUGGUGGUCAGUCAUUAAUGAAAACUGACAAAUACAAAUAGGUGGCUAAGCAGCCAAACCCGGGCAUUAUCUGUUGAGGCUGCUAUCGUAUAGCCUCUGUCUUUUAGCACAAUCUAAUGUACGUAGCAAUCAAGUGCACGUUUCCGAGAUUUCUGGAUCAGAAACUGGGCAUUAUUUCUUGAGGAUGCCAUCAUAUAAUCCAUUAGCUUUAGCCUCAGUCUCUUAGGACAAUGUCAUGUAUGUAGCCAUCUAGUGCAUGUUUUAAAAAAAAAAAAAACUCUGGUGUAGAACAAGCAAAAUUGAACAGUAGAGUGCAGCUAACAAUAGCCUAGCUAUCUGGGCUAAUGAACAGCUAGCAAAAUCAGUAUUAGAGAAACCUUUUGUCUACCUCUGCCUACAAAUUCAAGGAUGCAUUGUUCAUGGAAAAUUCAGAAAUUUAAGGAGUUGAUUAGCCACCAAUGCCGCUGGAGGCUGCACAUGUGCAUGAAUAAAAGUCUAAGACGGGGGGCAGGGUUUAGCGUAUGGUCAAUCAACUGGAAUUGUGUUACAGAACAAAAAAAAUAUAAAAGAUAAUAUCCCUUACACACAAGCUGAUAUCCUACAUUAAUUUAUCUAUCACUUAUAUUGUUUGUUUAUAUGAAUGCACAUGUGAGUUGUUUACUACUGUACAAUUUUUACUUCUGACCGUGCAGUGCUUGCAUCAGCUGGAAACACGUUGGAGACUUAAUGCAACCGCAGAUGGAUUUUGAAAUAACGAUUUCGUUUCACCACAAACCGAUUUAUUUAACAAUUAAAGCAAAUAUUUGGGAAUGCAGGGAUUGCUGACAUCAGGGGACACAUGUAUUAUUGCCAAUAAAGUAUAUAAAAACUUCAUAUUGCAACUGCUAAAUAAUAAAUAAUUCUUUGAAAAAACA